UCGUGGUCUCCUGGGGGCAGUUUUUGCCUCAUUACCGGGCCCAGGAGGUACGGGGCUGCGUGCACGACUGGGAGCCUCUGAGAGGCCAAAGCACCAUGGAGAGUGGACUCAGAGUGACCCGGAAAGGACGGAAGCUAGGCUCCAGCCGCCGGCGGCAGAUGCGAGAGCCAGCUGAUGGCCAGGAUGUGCCGGUGGCCCCCGAGCCAGAGUCCUGGUCCUCCCAGUCCGCUGAAGAACUGCAGAGCUUCUUCCAGGACUGUGGAGCUGAGGAGAGGGGCUUUGUCACUCGAGAGGAUCUGGCGGCGGCCAAGUUCAGCUUCCUGAGCAGCGAGGAUGAGCUGGAGAUGAUCUUUGACUGGGUGGAUGUGGAGCGGAAGGGACGCCUCUCCCUUGAAGAGUUCAGCUCCGGGCUCAAGAACAUUUUUGGCUCCAGCUCGAGCAGCCACAGGCUCCACAGAAAGAGGCCACUGCUCUCCAAGCGAGGAUCUGUAGCCACCAGCUUCCCCGUGGUGGAGGAGGCCAACAGUGAGGAGAAGGAGGCAUUUUUUGCCUUCAUGGAGCAACUGGGAGCCAGCAACUCACUUCCUGAGCAGGCGGAAAUCUGGCAGCUAUGGAGAACGCUGCGGCAGGAGGAGCCCCAGCUGGCAGGCAACCUGGAGGGCUUUCUGGCCAAGAUGAACAGUCGCCUGCAGGAGGCACGGGCUGACAAGGAGGUUCUGGAGCUGACUCUGAGGAAGAGGGACACUGACCACCACCGCGAGGUCCAGCAGCUCUACGAGGAGAUGGAGCAGCAGAUACAGCGGGAGAAGCAGCAGCUGCAGGCCGAGAGCGACUCCCGGGGCCUGGCCCUCAGCUCCCAGAUGCAGGAGGUGCUGGAGGCCAAGGAGCGUGAGGUGCAGCGGCUGACCGAGGGCCAGAAGGAGCUGGAGGCCCAGCUCCACCGUCUCAGCAGCACACACCAGGAGGCCAGCUCGGAGAACCGGCAGCUUCGGGAGGCUGAGCGGGACCUGGCUGGGCGGCUGGAAGAGGUGCGGGGGCAGCUGCAGGUGACCAGGGGACAGCUGGAUGCCGCCAGGGGCCGCGUGUCCUGGCAGAUGGAGGAGGAACUCAGUGUCCCCAGAGCAGGUGAGGAGAAGGCUCCAGAUGCUCAGGCAGUCUCCUGCGAGGAGGCUCCCCUGCCUGGACUCUUUGGGGACAACGAUGACUGGGACCAGCUCCUCAGCGGCAUCGGCAGCACGCCCCUCAGUGCCCUGCAGCUCUGCUGGAGCCCGCCCCCAACCCCGAAAGCCUCCCCAGGCCCCCCGACGCCCCGAGUGGUGAGGCAGAUCUCCAUCUUGGAGCCACACGCUCCUCUGUUUGCUCAGGAGCCCUCUUCAGAUCCAGGGGGCUCUCCAAGGAGCCCCCCUGGGGCACCUUCUGGGACCGAGGAAGAGGAAGGAGCGAACCCAGAUGGGCCAGACACGAGCCCCCCAGAGCAGAUUGGACAGCCCCCCAGCCUGGAGCCUAGGGAGGAGUCACAGCUUGGCCCAGGAGUCCACAUCCCCUGGGGUCUCCCGGGGGUCCCAGCUGGGGAGUCAGGGAGCCUGGUGGCAGGUGCACUCAAGGUGCUUGUUCCUUUGGAGGAUGGGCCCCCUCCUCAAGUGACCUCGCCCCCUCCCCAGGCCUCAGCUGGGCCCAAGGCAUGGUUCCAGACCUCACACUUGGAGACACAUGUUCCUCUCUUUGCUCAGGAGGCCUCUUCAGAUCCAGGGGGCUCUCCAAGGAGCCCCCCUGGGGCACCUUCAGGGACCGAGGAAGAGGAAGGAGCGAACCCAGAUGGGCCAGACACGAGCCCCCCAGAGCAGAUUGGACAGCCCCCCAGCCCGGAGCCUAGGGAGGAGUCACAGCUUGGCCCGGGAGUCCACAUCCCCUGGGGUCUCCCGGGGGUCCCAGCUGGGGAGUCAGGGAGCCUGGUGGCAGGUGCACUCAAGGUGCUUGUUCCUUUGGAGGAUGGGCCCCCUCUUCAAGUGACCUCGCCCCCUCCCCAGGCCUCAGCUGGGCCCAAGGCAUGGUUCCAGACCUCACACUUGGAGACACAUGUUCCUCUCUUUGCUCAGGAGCCCUCUUCAGAUCCAGGGGGCUCUCCAAGGAGCCCCCCUGGGGCACUUUCUGGGACCGAGGAAGAGGAAGGAGUGAACCCAGAUGGGCCAGACACGAGCCCCCCAGAGCAGAUUGGACAGCCCCCCAGCCCGGAGCCUAGGGAGGAGUCACAGCUUGGCCCGGGAGUCCACAUCCCCUGGGGUCUCCCGGGGGUCCCAGCUGGGGAGUCAGGGAGCUUGGUGGCAGCUGCCCUCGAGGUGCUUGCUCCUUUGGAGGAUGGGGCCCCUCCUGAAGUGACCUCGCCCCCUCCCCAGGCCUCAGCUGGGCCCAAGGCAUGGUUCCAGACCUCACACUUGGAGACACAUGUUCCUCUCUUUGCUCAGGAGCCCUCUUCAGAUCCAGGGGGCUCUCCAAGGAAUCCCCCUGGGGCACCUUCAGGGACCGAGGAAGAGGAAGGAGUGAACCCAGAUGGGAUGGAUACAAGUCCCCCAGAGCAGACUGGAGAGCCCCCCAGCCCAGAACCUAGGGAGGAGUCAGGGCUUGGCCCCGGGGUCCACUUCCCCUGGGGUCUCCCGGGGGUCCCAGCUGGGGAGUCAGGGAGCCUGGUGGCAGGUGCCGUCGAGGUGCUUGUUCCUUUGGAGGAUGGGCCCCCUCUUCAAGUGACCUCGCCCCCUCCCCAGGCCUCAGCUGGGCCCAAGGCAUGGUUCCAGACCUCACACUUGGAGACACAUGUUCCUCUCUUUGCUCAGGAGCCCUCUUCAGAUCCUGGGGGCUCUCCAAGGAGCCCCCCUGGGGCACCUUCAGGGACCGAGGAAGAGGAAGGAGUGAAUCCAGAUGGGCCAGACUCGAGCCCCCCAGAGCAGACUGGAGAGCCCCCCAGCCCAGAACCUAGGGAGGAGUCAGGGCUUGGCCCCGGGGUCCACUUCCCCUGGGGUCUCCCGGGGGUCCCAGCUGGGGAGUCAGGGAGCCUGGUGGCAGGUGCCGUCGAGGUGCUUGUUCCUUUGGAGGAUGGGCCCCCUCCUCAAGUGACCUCGCCCCCUCCCCAGGCCUCAGCUGGGCCCAAGGCAUGGUUCCAGACCUCACACUUGGAGACACAUGUUCCUCUCUUUGCUCAGGAGCCCUCUUCAGAUCCAGGGGGCUCUCCAAGGAGCCCCCCUGGGGCACUUUCUGGGACCGAGGAAGAGGAAGGAGUGAACCCAGAUGGGCCAGACACGAGCCCCCCAGAGCAGAUUGGACAGCCCCCCAGCCCGGAGCCUAGGGAGGAGUCACAGCUUGGCCCGGGAGUCCACAUCCCCUGGGGUCUCCCGGGGGUCCCAGCUGGGGAGUCAGGGAGCUUGGUGGCAGCUGCCCUCGAGGUGCUUGCUCCUUUGGAGGAUGGGGCCCCUCCUGAAGUGACCUCGCCCCCUCCCCAGGCCUCAGCUGGGCCCAAGGCAUGGUUCCAGACCUCACACUUGGAGACACAUGUUCCUCUCUUUGCUCAGGAGCCCUCUUCAGAUCCAGGGGGCUCUCCAAGGAGCCCCCCUGGGGCACUUUCUGGGACCGAGGAAGAGGAAGGAGCGAACCCAGAUGGGCCAGACACGAGCCCCCCAGAGCAGAUUGGACAGCCCCCCAGCCCGGAGCCUAGGGAGGAGUCACAGCUUGGCCCGGGAGUCCACAUCCCCUGGGGUCUCCCGGGGGUCCCAGCUGGGGAGUCAGGGAGCUUGGUGGCAGCUGCCCUCGAGGUGCUUGCUCCUUUGGAGGAUGGGGCCCCUCCUGAAGUGACCUCGCCCCCUCCCCAGGCCUCAGCUGGGCCCAAGGCAUGGUUCCAGACCUCACACUUGGAGACACAUGUUCCUCUCUUUGCUCAGGAGCCCUCUUCAGAUCCAGGGGGCUGUCCAAGGAGCCCCCCUGGGGCACCUUCAGGGACCGAGGAAGAGGAAGGAGUGAACCCAGAUGGGAUGGAUACAAGUCCCCCAGAGCAGACUGGAGAGCCCCCCAGCCCAGAACCUAGGGAGGAGUCAGGGCUUGGCCCCGGGGUCCACUUCCCCUGGGGUCUCCCGGGGGUCCCAGCUGGGGAGUCAGGGAGCCUGGUGGCAGGUGCCGUCGAGGUGCUUGUUCCUUUGGAGGAUGGGCCCCCUCUUCAAGUGACCUCGCCCACUCCCCAGACCUCAGCUGGGCCCAGCGCACAGUUCCAGACCUCACACCCAGAUGACGAGAGCCCUGACCCUGGGCCGAUCCCACCUAAGCCGCCCCGGCAGAGAGAGGCCCUCGUUUCGGACCCCCAUUCUGCUGGCUCUGAGCCAAGACCGGGAUCUUCGGGAGCCGGAGCCCUCUCGGUGGGGCUGGGUGAGCCCUCCCAGGACCUGGUGCCUGGGGGUCCGGCUCCCAUGGAUGGAUGGGAGCAGGGCAAGCCGAACCCAGACGCACAAGAGGGCCAUUCAGGGGAGCUGCAGGAGGCUCAUAGCCGGGUCCCUGGGCUGCCCGCUUUCCUCCCCUGGAGCCUGGAAGAGGAGCCUGGGGCUGAGGAGAGGAAAGCAGGGAACCAGGGAGACCAGCAGUUCAGAUCAGAGCUGACCAUUGAGGUUCGCGGUCUGAAACCCGAGCACUCGGAACUCCCCCAGCUUGAUUCCCAACCCGCGCCUGGCCCGCCUGACAGAAUGCAGGCUGAGGCUGAAGCAGAAGCCCCGGCUCCCAGGAAACCAUCCAGGGGCUUUGCCCGCAUGGGGCCUCAGCCUGGGGAUGGAGCAGGGCCCCCAGAGCCCACACAAACCCUUCCCACCAGGGCUGAGCUGGAAGCCCAACCCAGGCCCCGGCCUACAACUACCCAUGCAGAAGGAGAACAAGCCCCCUCUAAGUCCAGGGAGCCAAGGGCAGAGAACAGGCCUGAAGAUCCAAGAACGGACUCUGGAGGCCCGGGGUUGACCCCGCCCCCCGGGGACCACGCGGCCAGUGAACCUUUGGCCAACCCUGAUUAUGCCUUCCACGUCAUCUUCCUGGGAGACGCGAAUGUGGGCAAAACCUCCUUCCUGCACCUGUUGCACCAGAACAGCUUUGCCACUGGGCUGACAGCAACUGUGGGAGUGGAUUUUCGAGUCAAAAACCUGCUGGUGGACAACAAACGCUUUGCACUGCAGCUCUGGGACACAGCUGGCCAGGAGAGGUACCACAGCGUGACGCGGCAGCUGCUGCGCAAGGCGGACGGCGUGGUGCUCAUGUACGACGUUACCUCCCAGGAGAGCUUCGUCCACGUGCGCUACUGGCUGGACUGUCUCCAGGAUGCAGAGUCUGACGACGUGGUCAUCCUUCUCUUGGGAAACAAGACGGACUGUGAAGAGGAUCGGCAAGUGUCCACUGAGGCCGGGCAGCAACUGGCCCAGGAGCUGGGGGUCUCCUUUGGAGAGUGCAGCGCUGCGCUGGGUCACAACAUCCUGGAGCCCAUGGUGCAUCUGGCCCGGUCUCUCAAGAUGCAAGAGGAGCGCCUGAAGGGCUCACUGGUGGAGGUGGCCCCCGAAAAGCCUCCAAAGAGAGCUGGCUGCUGCUCCUGAGGCCCUGGCCUGGCUGGGGUCGGCUGGCCACCUCCCUGGGUUUCCUGUGCCUUGGCUCCUGUCCCACCUGCCUGGACACAGCAAUGACAGAGACGACUAGCUCAGAAGUUCUGGAAAACCCUCCUCGGGUCAGGACUCAGACCCCAGAGCAGAGGCUAUACUAACGCUGGCCUUUGCACGCCAGAGAGGGACUUUUCUGAGUAAUAAGGUUGGUGGGGAUGGGGAGGGCCAGUCAAAACUCUUUAAAGAAAGGAAAAGCCCAGAAAAAUGACUUAAGGAAAAUACACCACAGUAUUGGCAAAACAUCUCUGGGUGAUAAAAUUAUAGGGUAAAGGUGUGGGGGUGUUUUCCUUUUUACAUGUAUUUGUAUUGUCAGGUCUUCUACGAUGACUGGGUAUUCCUUCUGUAGUCAGAAAUAAGAAUAAAUCUUGAGGGGUGGGAGGGAAACUUUUCAAAGAGCUUGCUUCAGUGCUGAUUCCUAAUUGAAAAGGCCUGUUGAUUGCAAAGUCCUCUGUUUAUUAAAGCAGUCCCACUGUUCCAUGCCUGGCAAAGCUGGUGAACCUCGUCAUUCUCAAUCUGUUGAUUUGCAAACAACAGGGGGUUUCUUUCAAGCAGAAUCUAAUUCCUGGGGAAGAGCUGAUGGCCCCUGGUAUGUUCCACCCCCCGCCCCCCAUCUCCCUGAGCCCCAACCUCACUCUCUUUUCCCACCGUCUGCCUCUAAGGGCUCACAUUUGGGGACCUCACCCCUUGCUCCAAGCCAUGGUGCCUCUGAUGCCAACCUCAGCCUUGAGGAUACACCUGUCAAUCUCUGAAUACACUCAAAGCGCAGCUGGGGUGCGGCUGGAGGAUCCUGGGGAGCAGCAGGAAACUGGAUUCAGAUUAUUCACAGGCUCCUCUUUGGAGUUUUUGUGAGAGUUCCCAGAAUUACACAACAUUGGCCUCCUGAAAGGUGGCUGUACGUUAUAACCCGGGGCUGGGGAUUUCAGGGCCCUCGGGGAGCAUGCUUUGAAAGUCUUAGAUGCCCCGGGUGUUGUGCUAUCUCCUGUCAUCAGUGUUUGCUGUAAAUGUUGACUGUCAUAUCUUACUGUUAACCACAGAAAUGCUUACCAAGUACUGUGGUCCAGAGUGGGAAGGUCGCUGAAUCUGGUACUUGGUAAUCAUUCAGGUACUGGCGACUUCCUCCUCUGAAUCAGAGGAAACCUCAGUUUCGUAGACAGACAAGCAAAUUCAGUUCCAGAGACAGAAGUACAGAGAGAGAGAGACUGAAGGAGAAAGAGGAGGGCAAGAGACAGAGGAAAGAGACAGCAGAAAUAGAGACACCAAUGUAGAGAACAAAUAUAUGGAUACCAAGGGAGAAGGGUGGUGGUGGGAGGAAUUGAGAGAUUGGGACUGACACCCAUAUAUACACUAUUGAUACUACAUAUCAAAUAGAUAACCAAUGAAAGCUUACUGUAUUGCACAGGGAACUCUACUUAAUGCACGGCAGUGACCUGAAUAGGAAGGAAGUCCAGAAGGGAGGGGACAUAGGAUUACGUAUA